GUGGUACAAUUGUCGAGUGCGGCUGCUGCUUCGCCCAGUCGUUUGCCGUUUGCCAACCGUUUGCCAGCGUUUUGCCGAGAGCGCUAGUUUUUUGCAAGGAAUAUAUAUAAAUAUAUAUAUUAGAACCAGCCCAUGCUCAGCGAUAAUACCUGAAACGAAAAUCUGUGAAUAUAAGUCGUCUGUGAGCGCCGCACGAAAAAAUAAAUCCAAUUAAAAAUUAAAUUUAGUGACCAACUAAAGAGUGUUUCAAGUCUAUAAAAUAACAUAAAAAACAACAAUGCAGUACAUCUAUGUGAUUAGUGCGCUAAUUUUGGCCAUCGCCGUGCAGCAAGGAUAUGCCAUCAAGUGCUUUGUCUGCAACAGCCACAAAGAUGCCAACUGUGCGUUGGACAUACCGCCCGACAACUUGCUGAAGGACUGCGAUGAGCAGUAUUCGUCCCGAGGCAAGGGGAUUCCCACGUACUGCCGCAAGAUCACGCAGAUCAUUGAGUUCUCCGUGAACAGCCUGCCUCCGGAUAGCCGUGUGAUAAGGACCUGUGCCUAUCAGAACCAGACCUCCACCAACUACUGCUAUCAGCGGGCCGGGUUCGGAGGUCGCCAGGUGGUCUGCUCCUGUGAUACGGAUAACUGCAACGGAGCCGGGGCGAUGGGCGCCUCAGCGGUGGGCGUGGCAGCCAUGGUGGGUCUCCUGCUGAGCGCCCGCCAAUAUCUACAGCGUUAAGAACGGAAUCGAGGGAAUCCCUCAGUUGUUUUUGUUUGUUUUAUCGAUGCAUCCACCCAGUUUUCGUUUUUCGUAUAUGCUGCUGACUCUUUGACUUCUGUGACACUUUCACCGCUUUCUCCCCCCUCUCAUCAUCAAACAAGGUCCACUCGCAGAGCUGCUCCAGAGUCUGCUCUGGUCCAGCCUGAUUUUGUAACAUUUUUUGAAUGGAGAACCGUAAAAGCUUUAUACAAAGUAUUAAAUAAUAACAUAAUUCCCUAAUUAGAAGUGUAUAUAAAACCAAAGAGAGCAAGUAACAAUUGGCCAAUAUAAUCGUUUAAAUCUAUUUACAUUAACUGAAUUUUUGAAACUAACGUAUUAAACGAAUGCAGAAGCAAAUAACGAUAUAAAACUAAAACCUACCGCAGUUGAAAGUAUUUAACAAAACGAAAUAAACCAAUAAGUCAAUGGAGGCCACAAAAAGCUAACAAUGUUAAAA